AUGGGGAUUCUAGGCUUGAAGAGGCUGGCGCUGGCGGUGGCCGCGUCAAUUAUUUUCGCGCUGUUCGCUGCGCAAUUCGCGCAGAGCGAUCGCUGCAGCGACUACAUCAUUCGCAUGUGCAAUUUAGACUGUGCCGGCGUCAAGCCUUUUUAUCCGUGUUACAAGCAGUGCUUGCGCCGCCAAACGUGUCCUCCCGACGCCGCCGCCGCCGCCGUCGGAACCGGCCUCCUCGACUCCGCUAUUCCGGGCAGCGCCCACAAGUCCACCGCCUUCAAUUCUGAUCCGAUGAAGCUUAAAGAUUGAGCAAAGGCCAUGCUGCAAAGUGCAAAGGAUUGCCAAGCGAGUUAUUACGCUCCAGGAUUUGUAAUAAACAAUUGCCAGCAUUAAUGUAUAAUUUUCGCAAAAUAAUGUGAUUAUUGUGAUGGACCAGAUUACCUAAUGGAUAUUCUUUUUUUU